GUCUGAACUCCGUGAUGAUGCACCCCCUGGUAUACCUGAUGCUGCUGGCCGGGCCGUGCCUGGCGCGCUACCGCUUCGAGCCCCGGAACCUAAUUGAACGAGACGACUUGCAGGAGAAAGGCGAGUGGGUCGACUGCCCAGUGUGCGAGACUCCCGGCUACUCCUCGCUAACGAGCGACGAAGUGUGUGAGAUGCGUAACGGCCGGCCCGCGAAGCUCUGCCUCCACGGGACCUACAUCAACAAAGUCUGUGGCUCAAGGCGGGACUGUUAUCGGGGCCCCGACGAGCCUUGCACCGAGAAGUUGGAGAACGACGAAUUCGGCUGGAAGUGCGCUCCAGGAUCGACUUGCUCCAGCGUCACUGGCAAAUGCAUAGGUCUUGGCAACCCGUACAGGAACGGCCAGCUGCACUUAAUCAACCCAUACGAGAGAUACCCACUCCGGAACCGACGUGAAAUUUAAAUUUAAAAUGGCUGCUGUCUGUUGUAAAGUUGACG